UAUAGAAGGGAGCUAAUUUGUUAACCAUUACUUUGUAGUAACGUUAUUAUUAAUCCAGGAUUAACUCAUCGACUCCAACAAUGUGGAAAUCUUUUCUGAUACUUUGUAUUUCAUUCAGUAGUUGCAUCGCAUUCCCGGAAAUGUGCACAUCAUUUCAUCGAUGUCGAAAAUUAGCACCUGAUAAUUUCUUUCCAUCAGCUGAAAAUCUAGAAGCUGUUUGCCAGGAUAUGCAUAAAAUAUUAGAUUGCCAAUUGGAAGAACUCGCGAAAUGCGCGGAUAAAGUUCUUGACGCAGUGUCCACUUCUGAUUAUGAAGCUGUGGUAGCUGCUUUUAGUAUAAAUUUAGGAACGAAAAGUUUAGUGGACGAUUUAUGCGAUUCAACAACUCAAUAUCAUAAAGCUUAUGUCCGAAAUAUUGGUUGCAUUAAUGACACUGUGAUGGAUCCCAUGGCGUUUACGUCAUGUACAUCAGAAGCAAAUGCUCUUAAUGGUUCUUUAAAAUUUGGAGAAGAUGUAGAUGAUCAAGAACAUCAUUGCAUAGUGAAUGCUCUUAGGUAUGCUUGUUUUUUUGAAGAGGUGUUAAAGAAGUGUGGAGAAGAAGCAUGGACAAUAAUUGUUGAAUCAGAGAAAAGAGGAAAAGCUUUGAAAUACUAUAUUUGCACUCCUCAGAGCAUAUUGAAUUUGAAAACGAAAUACCUCGAAAUUUCAGAUUUGGAAUCUAAACUUCGAAUCAUAUUUGAGAAAGUCUUUGACAUGAAGAAAUGAAGAAAAUAAACCAUUUUGUACAAGCUUUACGUUUCGAAGACUUCAACUAUUUUUUGAAGAAAUAAAACUAUAUUUUUU